AUGAGCAAGAACAGCUGGCCCGAGGUGGUGGGAAUGAGCGGAGAGGAGGCGCAGGCGCUGGUGGAGGCCGAGGAGGGCGUCAAGGCGCAGCUCGUGCCCGCUCCUGGGGGCGUGGUGCCCAAGGACCUGGCCAUGUCGCGCGUCCGCAUCUACGUCGACAACGAGGGAAAGGUGGUGGAGGCCCCCAAGCGAGGAUAA